AUGUCGGAGGAGAAUGGCUGCUAUCGGCCCCUGAACAAUAUCUUCAUAAAGCUCCUCCGCCUGCUCAUUCAGAUUCCUGAACGAACCAGUCAGCGCCGUAAAUCCUGGCCGUGCGUGGAUCUACCGGGUGGACCGCUCCGUCUGCCCUUUGCCCACCUUCCUCUCCAUCCCCGCAGGCCCGAGUCCCGCGUCUGGACGGUGAUGCUGCUGCUGGGGACGUGCCUGCUGUACUGCGCCCGCGUCACCGUGCCCGUCUGCGCCGUCGCCCUCAGCACCCACUUCGACUGGGACAAGAAGCAGUCCGGCAUAGUGCUCAGCAGCUUCUUCUGGGGCUACUGCUUGACGCAGAUUAUCGGAGGACAUAUCAGUGAUCAAAUAGGAGGGGAGAAAGUCCUCCUCCUCUCGGCGUCGGCCUGGGGGUUCCUCACGGUCCUCACCCCGCUGCUCACUCACGUCACGUCUGCCCACCUCGUUUUUAUGACCUCCUCCAGGUUCCUCAUGGGGCUGCUGCAAGGGGUGUAUUUCCCGUCCCUGGCCAGCCUCCUGUCCCAGAAGGUCCGGGAGAGCGAGCGAGCCUUCACCUACAGCACGGUGGGGACUGGCUCCCAGUUUGGGACGCUGGUGAUCGGCGGUGCGGGGUCUCUCCUCCUGGACUGGUACGGCUGGGAGAGCGUUUUCUACUUCUCCGGUUUGCUCACUCUGCUCUGGGUUUACUGCACCUGCAAGUACCUCCUGAGCGAGAAGGAACUCAUCAUCCCCGUAGAUUAUUUAAUGAGAGGCCUCUCGAUACCCAAGCAGACCAAAGUUCCCUGGAAGCAGCUGUUUAAGAAGGCGCCGAUAUGGGCUGUCAUCAUCGCUCAGCUUUCUACGGCCAGCACAUUUUUCACUCUCCUUUCCUGGCUGCCAACUUUCUUUAAGGAAACUUUCCCCGAGUCCAAGGGUUGGGUGUUUAACGUAGUGCCCUGGCUGGUUGCAAUUCCAACAAGCUUGUUCAGUGGAUUUCUGUCGGAUCAUUUAAUCAACCAGGGGUACAAAACCAUCACCAUUCGUAAGUUCAUGCAGGUCAUUGGCUCCGGCGUCUCAAGCAUUUUUGCUUUGUGCCUGGGCCAGACAUCCAGUUUUUGCAAAGCGAUAGUGUUCGCCUCCGCCUCUGUUGGACUUCAGACCUUUAACCACAGCGGCAUUUCAGUAAACGUACAGGAUCUGGCCCCCUCGUGUGCCGGCUUACUGUUCGGUGUUGGGAAUACGGGUGGAGCCCUCCUGGGUGUCGUUUGCGUGUACUUGGCUGGCCACCUGAUUGAAACAACUGGCUCCUGGACUUCUGUUUUCAACCUGGUGGCUGCUGUUAACAGCGUUGGCCUCUGUGCAUUCCUCGUGUUUGGAGAGGCCCAGAGGGUGGACACAGACUCUGCCUAUGUGGACCUCUAG